CAAAAAAAGCAUAGAGGCGGAUAAAAUAUUGCAGUUCUUUUUAAUUUUAUUUUGUAUUAAAUUUUCAGUUUUCCAGUUUUUAGUUUUAUUUUAAAUAAAAAAGACAUAAUUAACUAAAUACAAAUUAAAGUGCACCCAAUUUAAAUAUUUAGUUUGUAAUCUAAGUUUUAUAAAAGAUCUUUUAGUUCGUAUAAAAUAAUAUUAGCAACUUUAUGCCAAGUUUUUUGUUAUUGUCAAUUGAUGGAGGAUUCAAUUGUUGAAUCCACAACGGCAGUUUUUGUUCGAAUUCCUAGAUUUUUUGUUGUUCAAGGAACAAAGAAAGGACAAAGGAAGACCACAACAAGAACUUUAUUUUGAAAGCAAAAUACAAAACAAUGAUAACGUCAAUUUUCGUAUUUUAUAAAAGCGUUUCCAAGUUAAACAAACAAUUUAUUUUAUAAACAAUUUUUAACCGAUUACACCGAAACUUUUAAACAUCGUUGACUUAUUUUCCGUCCGUCGUGCGUCGUCGUGUAGUCGUUAGUUUAUUGUGCAUCUUAAAUAUAUAGCUGCACUUACAUUCGUGAAGACGAAUAACUUUUUAUCAGUUUUUUUUUUUAUUGUGCGUGUGUUUCUUUAUUUUAUUUUAAUUUAUUUUCAACUUCAAUGUCUUAAAUAUAUUUUUUCAUUCAAAAUUAAUUGUCCGCUGCCGCGUCCAUAUUCUUUAUUUUAUUUUUAUUUCAAUUUUGUUGCCAACAAAAAAAAUAAAUAAAAACUUUUAACAAUGAGUGGUGCCAUCGCUGUUACCAGUCCCCAUAUCAACGAUAAUAACAAUCAUUCAAAUAAUGUGCGAAAUCAUAAACGUAUGGCCGAGUAUUCAGCCGACUAUAUGCGGAUCUCAAACAACGAAGAUGAUAAUGAUGAAGUGGAAGAACAGACCAACUUGGAUGAUUGUGUUAAUAACCCUGUGAUGAAACGAUUUAAAAAUUCCUUAAAUCAAAAUAAUAAUUCCGAAACGCCGACACUUAUGCGAAAAAAUAGACUUAUUAAUUUGUCAAAAGAGAAUUAUGGUGGGGCUGUACUGUCACCGGUAACGGAAAUUUCUUUAAAUUUAUCAGAUACGUCUUUGGGAACACCGGUGCGUCCGAUGAUUAGAGAACGUCACAGCGGAAGGAGGAAAAUACACGAUGAGGAUACCGCAAAACCAUCGUCAUCCGAUGACGAUGAUGAUGAGAAAGAAAAACCAACGCACGAGGAUCAGGUUAACGAGUCUUCAAAGUGUGAUGAACCGAAAAAUGGAUAUGAACUCACCAAUUUAAAAUCAAUUGGUGUUGUUUCAAAUAAUUUCGAUUUGAAUGCAUUCCAACGUAGUAAUGGUGUUGGAGGACGUCGCUUCAUGAUGGACAACAAUAACACAAAUCCAAUGCAUAAUGCAGGCAUGAUGGACGACUUGACAUUUUACGAUGACGAUAGUCAACAUGCCUUCACAUCAUCCAGCCCAACAGCCAAUACCCUGCUCAUGGAUGAAGAUCGACUCCUUUCUCCGGAAGGUAGUCCGCAGCGUUUCCAAAUUGUACAAUCGACAAUAAUUGACAAACAUCCACAACAAUUGCUACAACAACAGAAUCGUCGUAAAAUUCUGGAACCAUCACCUCGCCUAAAUAAGCAACAGCCAUCAGCAUCAUCAUCAUCAUUAACACAAAUGGGACAAAUUAUGACACCAUCAGCUAAAUCCUUCAGAAUAUUCCACAGUCUGAGUUCGGGUUCAAUGGAAUCCACAAUGGACGAUGAGUAUAUGGAAUUAUUUGAAAUGGAAUCAUUGGAUGAUGAAUGCAAUGGCAAUGCCCCAAGUAAUCUUAAUUCAUUGAUAAGUGGACACAUUAAGACCACAAAAACCAGCCCUGAGCUAAUGAAGCGCCCACCAGUUCGACGAUGCUUGAGUUUGACCGAAAAUAAUAGCUCGGCGAAUAGGGCACGCACCUCAUUAUUCGAACCAAAGACCCCAGAGAUUCUGAGAACAGUACAAGAUAGGAUUUCAUUUUUGACAUCAAACAAUCAAUCACCUUCACUCAAUACCACACCGUAUUCAUCGCGUUUGGCUACGGAGCGUUGUUUUAAACGUCCCGAUCCACCAUCGACCACAGUUAGUCCAGUACAGACAAAGCGUUACAAGGGCGAUUAUUUAUCUGCUUCGGCUGAAAAGGAGAACGCCGGCCAUGGCCUAUUGCCAUCAGUUGUUGGAACACAAAUCGAAGCACCAGCUAGACCCGUUCUAAGGAAGUAUGUGUCGAUGAAUGAUGCCGAUAUUAUGAGCGCUUUGUCGAGAUCCUCAUCGGAUCCAGAUCUUAUUGGAGAUUUAAGUAAACCCUUUUGCCUGCCCCUCAUGGAUGGUCGUCAUAGAGAUUUGAAGUCGAUUUCAAGUCAUACGAUGGCUAAUUUAGUAAAUGGAGUCUACAAGGAUUCAGUGGCUUCGUAUAAGAUCAUCGAUUGCCGAUAUCCUUAUGAAUUCGAGGGUGGUCAUAUUCGGGGAGCAAAGAAUUUGUACACCCAGGAGCAGAUUAUGGAGGAGUUUAUAAAUUCAAAGACUGAUACAGCUGUGGAAGCUGAUGGACCAAAGAGACAUAUACUUGUAUUCCAUUGUGAAUUCUCGUCUGAACGGGGACCAAAAUUAUCCCGUUUCCUUCGUAAUAACGAUCGUGAACGUAACUCAUAUCCCGCCCUACACUAUCCAGAGAUCUAUCUCCUCCAUGGUGGUUAUAAAGAAUUUUACGAAAACCACUCAGAGCUUUGUGAUCCAAUUGCAUACCGGCCAAUGUUAGAACCCUCCUACGCCGAGGCAUACAGACAUUUCCGCGCAAAAUCAAAGAGCUGGAACGGUGAUGUUAAAGGUUUAGGUGGUACCACAAGUCGCUUAAAAAAAUCUAGGUCCCGUUUACUUCUGUAGGCUAUUAUAUCAUAAUUAUUAUUAGUAUGUAUUUCUAUUUAAUUUAUAAUAAUUAUUUAAACAAAACAAAAACAAACAAAAAACUACAUAAUUUUAUAUUUUCUUCUCUCUCUCUUCUUUCUGUGUAUAAUUAUUUCUUUAAAUUAAUUUAUAAACAAUUAUAUUUUCGAUAAGAAAUUAAAGUUUUAUUCAUGAAAAAUUAACAACAAAAAAAACAGAAUUAACACCAACAACUUAAAAAAAAUACGAAAUAAAACUUUUCAAAGCUUUUUCGGACUUCAUGAUAAAGAAAUUUUAAUAUAUUUAUAUUUUUUUAGUAAAAUUUUGUAAACAAAAAAAAAACAAACAAGCAACAAAAAAUGUGUGCAUUACUAAUUAUUUUAGGAUUAUUUAUAACAAAAAAUUAAAAAAAAAACAACAAAAUUGUCAAAAAAAAACAACGAAAAAAUUCUCAUUCAAAAUUCUUAAAAAUCGAUUUGAAAAACAAAACUUAAAAAAAACAUGUAAAAUAAAUUAAAUUUGCUUGGUUUCCAGUGGAUAUAUAGUACAAAAUCUUAGUAGAAAAAUAAACAAAAAC